GUGUAAUAAUAUAAAUAGGAGAAUAUAGCCAGUAGUAAGGUUGAUAUGAAUCAUAAUGGAAUUUACCUACAACAACAUCAAUAUGUUAACCUGCAACACCAGCCUAAAACUUCAUCAGGGAAUCCCCCUGUGGGAGGAGGAAAUGCAAGGAUGAUGGCCGGCAACACACAGAUUGUUAUUCAUAAUGGAAAUGUCGCAAUUGUGCAACAGCAAGAUGCAACUGUAUCUAUGAACCAACAACCUGGACAGUACCAGAACAUGAAUAAUAACAGUUGCAGACCAAGUUCAUACCAACAACACCAUCCUUACCAGAUUGGUGGUUUCCAACCACUACCAAGUGACGAACUUUCCAACACCAAGCAACCAUACACGUUUGAAUCAAUGAGAAAUGACGUCACUGAUAUAAUUGGCCUAAAAAGUUUAGAUGAUUUGCGACAAUUGUACCCAACGUCUCAGAACAUUGUUACUUACCAAUCCACGCCCAAUCAAAUGUCUUCAAUGCAAAGUGCAUUGGCCAACCAGAUUGCGCAAACUGGUGCUACCAAUCAAAACCAUCCGAAUUUAAAUAACCAAGGAUUGUAUAUGCAAACUGGUACCAUUAACCAACCUGUCUCCACCCACAAUGGAAGCUUCCAGUCUGUCGCUAAUGGUAACCAGACUGUCCGCUCACAGUUUGAUUAUGCAGGUAACUUUGGUUCAAUUAACCAACCUGUACAAACCAGCACCAGUAGUCACACUUUGGCAUCCAAUAUUUAUCCCAGUCUUACAAUAAAACCUGGUUCCCAAUCCCAACAAAACUUUAUUACACCCACCCAUUCUGCCCCGACCAGUGUUGGCACUUUCAGAAAACCUGAAUUACCACAAAGUAUUGGGAAAAGGCGACCAAGUGCUGGUAAGAAAAUAUCAAUCAUUGGUAGAAACUCACCAUCUACUGGUAAAAAGUUACCAACCACACCAUCUCCCAAACCAGCGUUCACUGAAGAGUUCUUUGAAUUCAUUCAAUCACCACAAGUCAUGCAUGAUCAACAGGAUGAUGAGGAAGAUGAAGAACCGUUUUGGGUCUGCGAUCCUGAAAUCUGGAGAAAAGAACAGGAAAGACUGAAGAACAAGAAUAAGUCUCCUGAUCGUCACAAGUUAGAGCAGAAGAUCAUCCAUUAUUCCGCCGAAACACUUCGAGAUAUCAUUCUACCUUCUGUAAUUCCCAACACAGAAUCUACAAAACCUGUAAAAGUGGUGUCAUCUCUUCCUGUCAGUGAUCGUGUAGGGCCAAGUGUUACCAAGAAUUCACGGAAAUCUACUGAGCCGAAGAAAGCUAACAUAGCUAAGAUGCAUGAACCUCAAAAUGUCUCAAAAAUACUUUCUGAAGAGGAAAAUUUGCCGAAAAUUGUUGCUUGCUAUUCUCUUAAACCAGGAACUACUACACCCACCACAACAUCUAGCUUAAAAAGUCCAGAGCAACUCUUUGACAGUGAGCGUAAAAAGAAGUAUGGAUGUAAUGUGAAAACCCCUCUCACAAAGAUGAUAUCCAUCCCCGCGCAGAAGAGUAGAAAAAAGAGUACUACAACAAAGAAUGUAGAGCUUAAAACUAAUAGGGAAACAGUAUCAAACGCAAAAGCGAAGGUUAUGGCGGAAUGGAAAGGGGGAGCGAGUAGCCCAACAAAUUUACCCGGGCAUGACCGGCCUCAUUCAACAUCUCCCCUCACUGGUAGUCCUCUUCCUGCUCAAGCAGUAGAACAGAGGUCACGACACAUAUCCACAGAACUUGAAAGUAAAAAAGCUAAAAAGAAAGCGCCUAAGAAGACGAGAAAGAAGAAAUCUCGCUCGUCCUCCAAUGAUGAUUCAAGUCAGUCACCACAAUUGGACAGCUGUUCUCUAGAGAGUUGGUUCAAAAGUACACAAUCUACACCUAUGGAAAUGCAUCUUGUCUCUCCUAUCACUCUACUCAGAGGACAAAAUCAGACCCCAAGCAAACUUCCAGAACCACAAAUUGUGUUUUCAAAAACACUCAAUCUCACCCGAGAAACAGCUACUAAUAGAACAUCGGCUAUGUCUGUUUCAAAGUCUUCAACAAGUGCUAAAUCUAUUAUGACUUCAACAAGUAGUCAUAUAACAUCAGCCGGCAGUGGUAUUGUUACUUCAUCAUCAUCUAAAAACACCAUUGUUAAAUCACAACGGGCAAGAAUGUCAAUACAAACGAAACAGAAUGAUUUUCGGUCACUAAUCACUUCAGAAAAAGCAUCUGUCUUAAAAUCAAAUCAGCGAGUUCGUUCUGUAGUUAUUGCUAAUAAGCCAAGUACUCAUUGUAACACAAAUGUGACCUGGACGACCCCAUCAUUGCCUUUGCCUCCUCAAAUAAAAGCAACAAAGACAAAGGUUCCCUCUUCAAAAGCCGUAACAGACAAACUCAAAACGACUCAGCUCAUAAAAGUACUACAAGCACCAGUUUCUUUACCGCAACAUCCCAGAUUUGCACUUUCCACAACAGCUAACUCUGUGAGUGAGAAUACAGAACACAAUAAGAUCAGCGUUAUCUCAACUAAUAUAACCGGGUGUAUUGACUUAUCUCACGACAGUCCGCAACCCAGAGAUGAGCCAUUGGACUAUUCGAUGAAAACUUUGUGCAGACUGGAGAACCGACCCAAUGAUAUUAUACAGACAUCCGCAUUGGAUUUGUCAAUAAAGAAAACAAAAACCUCUGCCAUUGCAACUAAAAAGGAAAUUCAGAAGAAACCUAACACCAUAGCCAGUUCAUCUGCAGCACAAAAAGUAAUUGCCCCAGCGAUUGCAGUUAAAAAAAUUCUUUCACUGAAAGUGCCAAAAAUCCAAGUCCCACUUAAACCACCACAAUCAAAAGACAUGCCAACAGAAGCUGAAAAGAAAUUUCGCAUCAUUGCACGUUCACCUGUGAAACAAAAGAUCACUGUUAUUUCAAGUAAGAAAGAAACUCCUAUGAAAGGGUCGGAGACACAAGUUACACUUGGACUGCUUACAUCGAAAAAAUUACCAUCUGAGACAGAGAAGAAAACCAAUGUCAUAGCCAGUUUGUCUGCAGCUCAAAAAGUGAUCGCCCCUGCCACUGCAAGUGAUAAAGAAAUUGAAGUCCCACGAAAAACGCUUCAAUCAAAAGUUCAGCCACCCGAAACUGAGAAGCAAUCUAGCACCCCAGCUGGUUCAUCUGUGGCAAAUGAAUUGUUCAACUUUGUACAACAAAUAUCAUGUGCUUCAAUAUUGAAUCCGGAAAAUGUUGAGCAUUUCUCUGCCUCGACUGAUAUUACAUGCAGAGACUCUGUCUUUGAGGGAAAGACUAUAAACUCAGCACAAAUGAAUAAUAAUUCUGAUGCCAAAUUAUCCGAAUCAGAUAAGAGUGGACAACAGUCAGAAUCGUUGUUUUCAAGUACUACUGACAUCAUGAGUGCUUCUAAUGUCACAAUUGAUUCUACAGAUGGAGUCAUUGUGGAGGUAGAGUCUUGUGUUGUCAUAAACAGCUCUGAUGAUUUUGAUGUUAUCCAUAACACCGCAAUAGCAGCGGUCGAAGAAUGCACAACAAGUCAAGCGAAUCAGGGUGAUCAAAUCCUAUCUGUUGGCAGAAAACAACCGGACUCUGAAAAUAAUGAAGUUCAAGUAGAAAAUAGUUCAAAAGAUGAAGCAACUACGACUACAGAAAAAUCUGAUGAUCUCGCUGAAUGUGUUGAGGUCAAAUCUGGCAACCACACUGACAAUUCAUCCAAUAAGUCAGACUCUGCUGGAAUAAGUCGCGAAGGGGACAAAAUUGGAGACAUCAAUAAUAACCCAAAUGAGAAACCCAAAGCUACUACUGCUGAACUUCCUAAUACCUUAAACAAGAAUCUUGCUGCAACUCAGAAUGUAACAAUAGUGCCUGGCAAAGAUAGCAAUGAGCAGUUUCUUAAAAAUAAAGAACAAAACGCUCCUACGAAGUCACACAAUUCUGUUACCAAAAUCAGUUACAAAAGCUUUUCUGAUGAAAGUAACAAGCAAGAAAUGAUCUCAUGCAAAGAUUUCAAUUCUACGAUAGAAUUGAAAAGUCAAACCGAGGUUCCUACUUCUGAGAAGCCAUGUAUUUCUAAGGAAACUCCAUUACCAAUUUCUCGUUCUGAGAAUAUUGUUCAUGUUAAGUUGGAUCAUAAUCUUGAAAAGAUUACAACGUGUGUGAGUGAAAAAUUGCAAACUUUUGACAAAACUGUAGGAGAACGGCAGAGAGCAGAUUCCAGUUCUGUAGAGUCGAGGAAAUCUGCUGAAAAUGAUAAUCAGUUAAAAUAUGCAACCAAAAAUAUACAACACAAAAAUACCACUCUGGCUGAUGAUCAAACAUCGAAAAUGCAAUUGGCAGUGCAAGACAAACAGUCUGAAAGUUCUAAGUCAGAUAGUGAGAUUGUAUCUGAUGCACAAGUUGGGAAAGACUCCAUCAAUAAGUCUCCUAAAGUUGUCAGUAGUUCUAAGAGAAGCAUUAUCAGUGUGUGUCUUUCUCCUGAAAGAAUCAAGAAAAUCAAGUCCUUGCACAGAAUAAGACAGAGGAAUAGUGAUAGUGAAACUUCUCCUGUGAGAAAACUCAAUAUUUCUCCGAAGAAAUCAAAGUUCUCGCCGAAAAAAAACGCAGCAAGUCCAGCUUCAAUAUUUAAAGCUGGACUUGGAGACGAAAAUGAUUUCAGUUCAGACUGGAGUGAAGGCGAACUGAUCAUUGAUGAAGAUAGUAAUGCAGGAAGCAUUGAAUUUGAUGAACCAUUUGGAAAGUUGGAAAAGGAGAUUCUUGUGAUGAAUAAAAUUCAAAAAGAUGCGAAGUCUGUGCAUGAGGAAAUAGAUAUUGUCGAGAAGAAAAGUAUUAGUGAAAAUGAAGAAACUGAACUUGUGGAAAUUGUUCUGGAAAAUGAACAGAAAUUGAAUAAUGUAAAUGAAGAUAAUGACCAAGAGAAAUCUGCUGAAAUAUUUGUGGGAACUGCAAUGAAAAAGGAAACUGAAAUUAAAGAGAAAGAAUUAGAUGAAGGCACUGAACAAAAUAAAUCUGCAAUAAUGGUAGCUGGAAUGAAAAAUAAAAAUUUGGAUGAACAAUCGAAGAAUCUUGGGAAAAUGAUCGAAACCAGUAAAGCGGAAAUAAAAGGAAAUAAAACAAGCACUGGGAUCAUUGCAGAGAAUGGAAACAAAGUUGGAACAGAAAAGAAUGAAUCAAGUGAUCCUGCUGAAAGUGCUGUGCAGAAUAGCAAGGAAAAGAAGAAUCGACUUGCUGAAAUUCAUAAGGAAAAAUCUGACACAGAAAAGCUACAGAAAGACAAUUCAGCAGUUUCAGAAGAAAUUGAAGGAAUUCUAGCUGAAUCAGAUAAAACGAUUGAUAACUCAACACUAGAAGAUAGAAACAAAGAACAGUCGGUGAAAAAGACUUCCAUGGAAUUUUCUCUCAAAGCAAACAGUGAAUUAAAUUCUGAAUCUGACAAUGGAAUAGAAAAAGAAUUGGCUGAGUUUGCCACAGAAAAUGACCCAGUCUUCAAUGAGACUGAAAAUUUAACGACUGCUUUAAAAUUGAAUGCAAGAGAUUCUCCAAAAUUGUCGCUUCCUCGUUUAAAUUCUUACGAAAUGCGGACUAAUUUUUCGGUUACGUCUAAUAAUGAAGUGAUUAACAUCAGACCAGAAUCCUUGGAAGAAGUUAUCAAGGCAAAAAGGAUGAGAAUGUCACAAGGGGUUGAUGACAAAAAGUCUGGCGAAAACUUUUUUCAACUUGGUUUAUUGUCCGUUAGUAAUGCUAAUGAUGAGGACUCUCACAAACGUGAAAAUACAAUAGAGGGCGCUUCCAUUGUUCAAAAUGACAAAACUAGUUCUUCAUCCAAGGAAAUGGCUUCAGAGACUAAUGCUGACGAGUCUCCUUCAACAACAAAUGUGAUAGUAUCACCACAAUUGAACUUCGCGGCGUCAUCUAAAGUGUCUACAGCUAAUGGAGAUAAGGAAAUCACAAUUGAUGACUUUGACAUCAUCGAGACAAUUCCGCAUCGGCCAGAACCAACUUGUGAAUCGUUCGAAGUUGAAGAAGCGUGUUGCGAUGAAUAUGAUAAUAUGUAUUUUAAUAACAGUGAUUAUUUUGAAUCUACACCAAAUGGAACUCCUGAGUUGAAAAUUUCAAGUGUAAGCCUGUCUAGGUCUGCUUCACAAGAAAAAUGUAUUUCCAGUGAAGAGACAGAACAAAAGUCUGAGAUGACCAAAGAUGCAGAAAAAUUGUCUGAUAGUGUUGCAACUUCUAUGGAUGACAUCGAAUCUUCUAUUGAUAGUGUUGCAACUUCUAUGGGUGACAUCGAGUCUUCUAUUAACCCUGUAGAUAAAUGCGAUCCUGGUAAUCAUGAGCCAGAAAAGUCUGAAGAUAUAAUUGCAAGCCCAGAUUUUAUUUCUGUACAAGAAAAUAAAGCAGAGAAUGCAAAUGUUGACAAUCAAAAUACUUUGGAAAUUGAGUCGCAAGCCGACAAAGGACUUGGAAAGAAAACUAAGAGACCAUAUAUGUACAAAUCGCGCCGCAAAAAGUUGUUAUUCACAAGAAGAAAGGUGAUUAAAAGCAGGAAAACCAUUGAAGACAAGGUUGACAAUAAAACUGCACAAGAGAUUGAAAGUAAAACAACGACCCCUCAAAGCAAGAUAAGCAUGAAGAAGGAAACUACAGAUCAGGUGAAAAGAAAAACUCCAAUUAAGCUUGGCUAUAAUGUACAUGCUCACAUAGGCGGGAGUGAUAUUAUAAGAAAGCGCAGAAAACUUGUUAAAAAGGAUGAAUCUCCAGGAAAAAUAACACCGAAAAAACCUGCUGCUAAAUAUUCACUGUUGUGUGACUCUAGUUCGGAUGAAACAGAAGAAAUAUUUCAAACAAUGAAAUUGAUCAAAUCCCCAAGACGAAGCACCGGUUCGACGCCUGAUACAUCGAAACUAAUUAAACAAGAGCAAAUUAGCGAUUCUGAGUCUAUAAUGACAAGCGAUGCUGACACGAAUACAGCAAUCACUUCUUCGAAUCAAAUCGUGACAGUAACUUCACAAGAUGCGUCGUCCACUGAGUUGCCAAAAACCAAUUCGAACCAAACAACAAGAUUGAUAGAAAAUAACAACACAAGCCCAAGUUUUAACUCGAAUAACUCCAAUAAUUUCACAUAUACUGAAUCAACAUCUGCUUCUGCACCAGUGAGUUCCUCUUCACCUAAUGACAUCGUAAUAACCACUGUGAGGUCAUUGUGUGCUGAAAACAAUACUUCAACUAGUUCGGAUAUUAUCAAAGCAACUGUUAAUGACACAGAGAAACCUAUUGACAAUGUGGAAGACCAAUCACAACCUGAAGUAGAUAUCAGUGAGAAACACUGUCCAGAUGAACCAAGUUGUCUUGACUCUGAAAAAAGCAAAGAGAAAGAAAAUUUCACUGAUCAAGCGUCUUUACAUAAUGAUUCAAACAAUGGUGACAAUAAAACAAAUACUAUGGAGCAAGACGAAUUGAAAUUGCUUCAUUCAUCUGUCUCAGAUAUUCCAUCAAACGGUUCUUCUUCACAAGAUAGAAUUCCUACUGUAUCUUCAAGAAGAGCAAAAAGUGAAGGACACAGAGUAAAGAAGCCUAAAUCCACAACAAAGAUUACCAAGGAAAUGCCAGAAUUCGAAACUCACAAACAAAGAAAAGUAGAUUUAAAAGAUAAAGUCAAUGUGCUAUCGCCUCCAACUAGUUUGAAUCCUACAACAAGAAAUUCUGCUGAAAAAGACAAUUUUGUUUCUCCUUGUUCCAACGAUAUUGAUAAAGAAGAAGAGUCUCUUAAAGAUGUUGUUGAUGAGAUUAUAUUGUCAACAACGCCAACCAAACUUGCCAAGUUUAACAACUGGAAUAACCAGAGUAUGAAGAAUUCUAAUUCAUCAAACAAAGGAAAAGAUAAAGCCAAGAAAAGAGAGAUUGAAAAUCCUUCCGUAUCUGAUACUGAUAAAUACUCAAAGCAAAGUCGUUCAAAUGAUAAAUCUGACCCAAAACAACAAGAAACAAACAAAGGUGCCAACAGCAAUCAAGGUGAAGUUAAAUUGGAGUAUUCAAAAGCAGCACCAGACCCAAAGACUGGUAGACAGAGUCCUAAGUCAAAUGUUCCAAAUUCAAAGCAGUUGAAUUUAAAUUCGCCUGUCUCACCAGCAAUCAAACGACACGUUCUCCAUAGUUCCUCAUCUAUCCAUCGUAAACGCAACGCGAGAAUGGGAAAUUGGAGACCAAGGAAGAUGCCUACAAUAACAAAGUUCUCCAAUAUACCAUUGCCAUACAAAGAACCAGAAAGAGUAUCCAAAGUAGAGCGGGAGCAGAAUAUAUAUCGAACGAUGCAAAAGCUGUUGAACAUGGGUUUGAUAUUCGACCAGAAACCUAGAGGAAUGUCUUCAUCGACACCUUUGUGGCAAGGAGGAUUCGAACCAGUAUUUGGGGAAAAGACGAAGCAAGCAAGAGCUCCAGGAACUUAUACACCACCGCUAUCUUCACCUACGCGUUCAGAAGAUUUGCUCAUCAACCGCCAAGCUCAUAGAACCUACACACCACCAUUGACAACAUCUGGGGUUUCUGAAGAUCAUUUGGACAAUACACUAGUUCCUCGUCCAGUCUCCCCCUGGAGUCAGCCAAUGCCGCCUACAUUGUCUCUUUCCCACUCAAAGCAAUCGGUUGCGAGAGAACGUUUGUCAGGAACUUUCCACAAAUCGAAUGGAGAUAUACAAUGGUGGUAUACACUUGAUAGAGUUGUUCUGAAGCCUUGUUCCGUGGCACUAAGAAGACUGAAUAUAGAAAAGGGAGCCCUGCUUUCAUGUAGAAGACCAUCAAGUUACAUCGGACAUGAUGGAUAAAUCAACAAUCUAAUGGCAACCUCCGCAAUCUGAGCUUUGGCCACCAACACAACUGCCACCAGGAAGCACCAGUGAAUCACAGGACAACAGGAGCGGAACAUGGCAACAACAAGAUAUAAUCCCUCACUGACAUCUCUUUUGCGAGUUUAAACCAUUGUACAGAUCUUGGCACUUUAUUUAUCCGCUGCAGCCCGUCUUUCCACCUUCUAACUGAUGUUUUUUUUGAGCAAGCUCAUGUAAAAAGUAUAAGAUUUAGGCAACCGUUGCUUAAUCAUCCUUUGUUCCUGUCAAUGCGUUUUUCCUGUACAUAUUUUGGUUCUCACAGUAGUCACGAUUUUAUUUUCAUAUUUCGCCAAACUGUAUUUGUACAAAUUAAUAUCGGGAUAUUUGAUUUUUUUCAACAUGUACUUUUUUUUAUCUAUUUAUUAUUUUUACUGUAGUGGAUAAUAGUAAGGUUUCUGUCUCGCUUGUUUUUCUGCAGUCUAUUUACGAACGCUUAUUUGUCGCUUUGUUUGCGAAUUUCCACGGGAAUAUAAAAUAAAAAAAAUUGAUAGUCUUUUUGCGACCUCAAAUUGAAAGUCGAUUGUGCCGCUAGUUACAAUUUACCCACAAUUCAGCACCCUGAUCCAAUUCCCUAUCUAAAAUGGCACAGAUAACUAAAUAAAGUUUUUUUGCUAACAUGUGUAAACUCCUUUGCUUUUUUUAACUGUCUAUUUAUUUUAAAACUUGUGUUUGAAAUGAAUUUUAUUCCAAUCUUCAUGUCAUUGCACCAUAAAAUAUUUUCAAGUGAGAUCUGUUUCAUUCACUCUUGAGUAAAGCCUGAUUAGAUCUGGAUCAUCCACGGGCUUUACUCGGGACUGAAGAAUAGUUCUUACUGGGUUGAAGUCAAUCAUGGAGUGGGUUUUGGGGGGUCGCAUCCAAUUUGUGCGGGCUUGCCAAUAUUUCUGCAAAGCAAUAUAUCAAAUUGAAACGAUAAACAGUUAAACCAGUUGUUCCCAGCCUUUUCAAUAAAAUUAUCGUUUUGCCUAUUUUGGUUCUUUUUAUUCUCACCGACUAUAUUUUGUUUCCGUUGUUUUUUUCAAUCUUCAAAGAAGCUUUAGAUAUUAUUAAGGCACAACUCGCACUCCGGCUUUUUUCAAUUCAGUUUUGAAUACUAUGCGAUUUGUUUUCAACCUACUACUAAGCUGGAAAAACGCAAAUUCAAUUGAGCAACGUUAAGGCCAAAACAUCUUUCGUAUUAAUACUAAAAUCAAAUCAUUGGCUCUCGAAACGCCUCGUAAAUAAAAUAUUUUGUAUGGUACCUUUUCAUCCGAAAAAUCUGAAAAAUAAUAAUAUUUUUUUUCGUGCCCGCCCUCAGCAUUCAACAUACAUUUGUCAUUUCAACAAAUCAGAUUAAUAAUCUAGCGAAUCCGCCGAGGGCAAGCAACUUUAUUUCAUUUAUGAAAUAAUAGUCCGCACAGAUUGGGAUGCGAUUCUCCCAAACCCUUAUACACAACUGCCACGUGAUAUAUGCUGUCUAUUUUCGUGUUUUAUUAUAUACUGUGUAACGACCAGGGUUGUGGGAGCGGAUAAAACUUUUGAUCAGAUUCUGAGAAAUGAAAUAUUCUGGUUGGAGAAUUUAAUAUGUGAUAUGUACUUAGUCCGGGAUAAAAAAAAUGCUAUGAAAAGUCUUUUCAGUUUCGGUCGAAUCGUAAAUUUAUUCCCUACUUUAGAAAUUUUAAAUUCUGGUCUCGAAGAGGAGAAAAAUCUUCGAUGCCAGCAUAAAAAAACAACCAAUAAUUCUCACACACAC